AUGGCUCGGCCCUAUAAAAGCCCGCGGUGCCCAGGCGGCAGUGGCACACCACCGGCCAGCCUCCGCAUCCUAGCUUGUGACCGCUCGAGCGGCGAACCGGCCAUGAGGAAGCUGCAAGUCUUGGCGGUGCUGGCCCUUGCGCUGCUCGCCGCGGCCGGCGGCGCCAGCGGGCAGCAGAGCAUCAUCACGCGGCAGGUGUUCGAGAGCAUGCUCAGCCACCGCGGCGACAGCGGCUGCCAGGGCGCCUUCUACACCUACGACGCCUUCACCAAGGCCGCGGCCAGGUUCCCCGCCUUCGGCACCACCGGCGACGACCGGACCCGCCGGCGGGAGCUCGCCGCCUUCUUCGGCCAAACCUCCCAUGAAACCACCGGUGGGUGGCCAACUGCUCCCGGCGGGCCGUUCGCCUGGGGAUACUGCCGCGUGGAAGAACAGAAGCAGACGGACCCACCCUACUACGGACGUGGACCCAUACAACUCACUCACAAAUACAACUACGAGCAGGCCGGGCGGGCGUUGAAACGGGACCUGGUGGGCAACCCGGGCCUGGUGUCGCGCAACCCCGUGGUGGCCUUCGAGACGGCCCUCUGGUUCUGGAUGACGCCGCAGGGGGCCAAGCCGUCGUGCCACGACGUGAUCACCGGCCGCUGGGCGCCCGGCGCCGGCGACCGCCGCGCGGGGAGGCUCCCCGGGUACGGGCUGCUCACCAACAUCAUCAACGGCGGGCUCGAGUGCGGCAAGGGCCAGCCCACCGCCGAAGAGAACGACAGGGUCGGGUUCUACAGGAGGUACUGCCAGGUGCUCCGAGUGGCGGAAGGUGCCAACCUGUCCUGCGCGAACCAGACGCCGUACGCACCCGCCGGCCGCUAGAUCAUGCGCAACUCAAAUAAUAAGCAGUGGUAAUAAUAAUGAACAGCCUCCGUACCACCACUGGCUGGUUAUUACUAUAGAGGGUUGCUUGUGAGUUGUGACUACGCUUGCUAUAGCCUUCACAUGCAUGUAUGAGUGAUGUUAGUAUGAAUAAAGCUAGCAAUGCAAGCAAAGGCCACCUUUUGUAUGAUGCUUAUCUUAUGUAUUUCAGUCCCGUCUUUUUACUA